AUGUUACCAACACCAAUAAUUAAAGAUAUAGACUAUGAUAAAGUAUAUGAACCAUCAGAAGAUUCGUUUUAUUUAUUAGAUUGUUUUGAAGAUCAACAACAAUACCUCGAAAAUAAAUUUACAAAAAAUGACAAAUUACCUAUAAUAACCGAGAUUGGAACUGGAUCAGGAAUAGUUACUACAUUUAUAUUACAAAAUAUACUACCCAAUGCCAUUUAUAUAACAACAGAUAUUAAUCCAAAUGCAUGUUUAACAGUCAAAAGUACCAUAAAGUACAAUUGUAAAGAAAAAGCCUACUUAGUAGACUCAACUCAGAUGGAUCUAACUUCAAGUAUAAGAAAUAAUAUAAUUGAUUUAUUAAUAUUUAAUCCACCAUAUGUCCCAGCUUCAGAUAUUCCAAAAAUUCCACAAAUGGACGCAGAUAAAACCUGGUUAGACCUAGCGUUAUUAGGGGGUGAAGAUGGAAUGAUUAUAACUUGGAAAGUUUUAAAUAAUUUAGAAAAUAUCUUGAGUAACGAUGGUGUUGCUUAUAUAUUAUUUUGUGCAAGAAAUAAACCAGAUCAAGUUGCUGAUAUAAUGAGAAAUAAAGGUUGGAAGGUUGAUGUUAUAAUAAAUGAAAAGGCUGGAUGGGAAGUAUUAAGUAUAUUACGAUUUAAUAGACAUUAA